AUGGAUACGCCCAAGGAUAAUAGUAAAGGCCCUAUUGAUAGGGUCUCCUCUGUAAACGAGCAGCUAUCGGAUGAGAUACGGCCGGAGGAUGAGAGGGCACUGGUAUGGCGACUCGACUGCUUCUUCCUCGUCGUGGGGUUUCUGGGAUAUGCAUUCAAGUACCUGGACCAAACGAACAUUAGCAAUGCCUAUGUUUCCGGUAUGGAGACAGAUCUCGAGCUCCUUGGUAACGAGUACAAUUAUUUCACGACCUUCUUCAAUAUCGGAUACAUGAUUAUGCUCUACCCAUCAUGCAUCAUUAUCUCUCACAUCGGGCCAGCUAUAUGGCUGCCAGCAUGCGAAGUUCUAUGGGGUAUACUUACCUGUUGCUUAUCCACUGUCACAUCUGCUAAACAGGUGUAUGGCUUGCGUUUUCUCAUUGGCUUCUUUGAAGGUGCGACGUGGCCUGGCUACUUCACCAUUAUCAGUCAAUGGUAUCUCCCGCACGAGAUGGCCUUGCGUAUGAGCUUGUAUAACAUGGCUCAGCCAGUUGGGGCUAUGCUUUCGGGUGCCAUGCAGGGUGCAAUGUCAACCAAUCUGGAAGGUGUCAUGGGGCGAAGUGGUUGGAGAUGGGCCUUUAUCAUAAACGGAGUUUGCACCAUAUUCAUUGCUUUGUUGGCAUUUGUCAUCCUACCUGGCUUUCCCGAAAGGCAAAAUCCAUUGUCCAAGAUCUAUCUCGGGCCACAGCAUAUUAAGACUGCCAUUGCACGUACACGCCGCGUGGGCCGGAAACCGCAGAUCGGCAUCCAGGUCAAAAGCUUUCUGCGUUGCUUCAAAUUCUGGCAUUUAUGGUUGUUCGCCAUCGCGUGGGCAAUCGGCACCGGCACAACGCCAACGAGCUACUUCAACCUCUGGCUCAAGUCGUUGAAGAACCCUGAUGGAUCCGCUAAAUACUCCGUGGCCAUGCUCGACUACCUUCCGAUCGCUGGUCAAGCAAUCCAACUUGUCGCUGAAAUCCUUUUCAGUGGGUUUAGUGACUAUUUUGGAGUCAGACUGCCAUUCCUCCUCUUGCAUUCGGUGAUCAAUAUAGUAUCACUCAUCAUCCUGACGAUCCAACCGAGCAAUGAGCACACCUAUAUGGCUGGGUGGUAUAUGGACUAUAUUGGAGCGGUCUCGACAAUGCUGUUGUGUGCGUGGGCAGCUGCCCAUUUGGAGACGGAGCCAGAAGUUCGCACCGUUUUGUUCGCCACCGGAACCCUCUUUGCGUAUCUGCUAAGUGCCUUCCUUCCCAUAGCUGCAUAUCCAGCCUCGGAAGCUCCUCACUGGCGUAUUGGAGCAAAGCUGUACCUCGGUCUUUCAUGCUUGGCAGCGGUGUUGUUCGUUUGCAUCCAUUUUGCCUUUAAGUGGGAGGAGCGGAGAAAAGCUAAAACCCGCCAAGUUGACGAUUGGAAUGUGAAUGCAGAUGAACAUGAAGUCAGUGAAGGGAGGGUUUAG